AUGGCAAUCAUCACCUUCAAAGCCUCCAUGCCGAGAGAGCAGCACUUCUUCACCGAACGAGAUCACAUUCGCAUUCUCAUCAUGAAUCCCCCCAAAUUGUGGUCCAAGAGUUGCAGCAGCCCAGUGAGAGUCUACCAGCCCUGGUGGCACCUUACCAAGAACUGGAUGGCCAUUCCGUGGAGAGGUUGA